CACUCUACAGGAGAGAAGUAUCCAAAAGUACUGUGCUUCGGGCUUAAUCCGCUUAAUCAUCAUAAAUUUUUCACUGACUUAUCUUCGUCGUCGGCCGGGAGUCAAAUUCAGUUUCUUUGGCCCUCUUCUCUGAACGAGAUCCUUGUAUCAGCAGCGUCGCGGUAUUUCGUCUGUAGAGGUGGAGUAGCAAGGCUUUCUCACUGGUGUAGCAUCUUUGCGGUGGCAUAAAACGGCGGUGUUACUGCGAUCUUUCAUUAUGACGGCGGUGAAAACCUUGAUAGCUUUUUGCCUGCUGACCGAAAUUGUUCAGGGGAACACACUGUGGUACAAUGGCAAAGAAUCACUUGCAAAAAACUUGGCCAACUCGCCACGCGUCUACGGAUUAUCAUCACCUAGAAAGGUGUUUAUCACAAACACCAGGGGGAAACUAGAGGUUAAUGCAGUGCUCGAGAAUCUUGAAUCAACGAUCUCAAAGGCGCACAGAACUUCGCGAUCAACAACUGCAAAACAUAGGUCGAAACGAGUGAUAUUUUCAGGGGACGACCGCGUGGAGAUACCUCAAAAAUUAUUGGAAAAAUGCCCCUUUAGCGCAGCCGUGAGAAUCUCAACGGGUUGCUCCGGAAUCCUGGUGUCACCCAAGCACGUUUUGACUUCGGCUCAUUGUCUACACAACGGAAGCCAUUACGUGGAAGGAUACAAAAGCCUAAAGGUUGGUUUCCUGUUAAGAAAUGGUACCACAGAAUGGCGAGCGAUCAGCUCCACUAAGAUGUCCAAAAUGUGGAAGAAUGGAAGUGAUCCAAGUGCUACGAAAUAUGAUUACGCCCUUAUAAAGCUCCAAAGAAAUCAUAGUCGAUGCUUUCUGCCCAUUUCUCCGAGCAGGACUUUCUUGUACGGAUCGUACUGCGCACACGAGGCAAUUAAUUUCUCUGGUUUUGAUGAGGACAGGAAAGAUGGGACUUUACUAUACAGAAGUUGCCGAGUUCUGACUUAUUCCGCUAACCUGCUCUAUCACUGCUGUGAUGCCCAGAGAGGCUCGUCGGGCGCAGGCGUCUACGAAAUUCACAGGCCUAAAAAAGGGAAAUAUCUACGCUACGUCGUUGGCGUAUUUUCAGGGAACCGCGACAAAAUUACCAGGAGACCCCCACAGUUUACUUGUAGCGGUCACUCCAGGAGGAUCUGGUUCACGCGGUUUUACAGCACGAAUUAUAACGCCGCCCUGCGUUUCAAGGAGCAAGACGUGUAUCACAUCUGUACAUGGAUGCGCAGACUUGGAGGAGAAAACUGCAAAAAGUUCCUCAAGGAAAGAAGGCGAAAAAGGCGUCAGUCGGCUAGGAAGCGCCGAGAAAGAAGUAAGGAGGCAUAUGCCCGUUGUCAAAGCAUGCUUUAGACGUUGUCAUAGCAACUGAGAGGCCGUCCGUGACGGCAUAUAAAACUAUAAUAGGAAUUUAUAAAAAUCACAUCGACCUCUUCUAACCAUCAAGGAGUAAUUUUGUUCGCUUAUAGCAUAGCAGGUUCUUUAAAUUUGUUUCCCGAGAUUGACCGUAAACGUUACUUGCUGCAGGCCAUAGCAUACAUAUUUUGACGAAUACGAUUGUUCUCACGCAGAAAAAGGAAAGUGUCCACUUUUAUUUGCAACUUCAUUUUUAUCAACUAAUUCGAAAAAAAUGUAAUCCCCUCCCCUCCCCCAUUUAAAAGCUCUAUGUCCAGAGCGAAACUCCUGCCCUGUAGUAAAAGCCCUGGGAACGAAACGAAUUUUUUGAGUAAUUUGAUUUUUGAUUAAACGACGUCUCAGCAAUGCUAAGAAGGAAAAAAAUGUUUUAAAGCACAAUGAAAUCGCAUGAUAACCUUGAAUUUAAUAGCAUCAGUGACAUGUAAGGUAGCUUUCAACACAUCGCGUAGAGUACAUCAUAAUCUAGAUAUCUUCGUGAACAUUUUAAUACAAAAUAAAUGUUGUCAAGUUGUAGAA